GCCGCGUCCCGGCGGAAGCGUGAGGGACCGAGCAGGGAACGGCGGCGGGAGCGGGGCUGGCGCCGCAGGAGCAGGCGUGCCGCAGGGCGGGGGACACGGCUGCCACCACGGAGUCCGCCAGCAGCAACACCGCGGCGGCCACCGCCGCUUCGCGGGCCGCGGGUGCCGGGGACCAGGCAACCUCGCUGCCCCCGCCCAGGAUGCAGCGCAGGAAGAGGAACGCGGGCAGCAGCUCGGAUGGCACCGAGGACUCGGAUUUCUCCACGGACCCCGAGCACACGGACAGCUCCGAGAGCGACGGCACCUCCCGCAGAUCCGCCCGCGUCACCCGCUCCUCGGCCCGGCUCAGCCAGAGCUCCCAGGACUCCAGCCCGGUGCGGAACCCGCCGGCCUUCGGGCCGGACGAGCCGGUGUACUCCACGCGGAGGGUGACCCGCAGCCAGCAGCAGCCAGCUCCUGUCACCCCCAAGAAGUACCCGCUGCGACAGACCCGCUCCUCCGGCUCCGAGACCGAGCAGGCCGUGGACUUCUCGGACAGAGACACCAAGAACGCGGCGGAUCACGACGAGUCGCCGCCCCGCACCCCCACGGGGAACGCGCCCUCCUCGGAGUCCGACAUCGACAUCUCCAGCCCCAACGUGUCCCACGACGAGAGCCUGGCCAAGGACAUGUCCAUGAAGGACUCGGGCAGCGACCUCUCCCACCGGCCCAAGCGCCGCCGCUUCCACGAGAGCUACAACUUCAACAUGAAGUGUCCCACUCCCGGCUGCAACUCCCUGGGACACCUGACCGGGAAGCACGAGCGCCACUUCUCCAUCUCGGGCUGCCCUCUCUACCACAACCUGUCAGCAGAUGAGUGCAAGGUGCGAGCGCAGAGCCGGGACAAGCAGAUUGAGGAGCGGAUGUUGGCCCACAGGCAGGAUGACAACAACAGGCACGCCACCAGGCACCAGGCCCCCACGGAGAGGCAGCUGCGGUACAAGGAGAAGGUGGCUGAGCUCAGGAAGAAGAGGAACUCGGGGCUCAGCAAGGAGCAGAAGGAGAAAUACAUGGAGCACAGGCAAACCUAUGGCAACACCAGGGAGCCUCUCCUGGAGAACCUGACCAGCGAGUACGACCUGGAGCUGUUCCGCAGGGCUCAGGCCCGCGCCUCCGAGGACCUGGAGAAGCUGAGGCUGCAGGGGCAGAUCACCGAGGGCAGCAACAUGAUCAAGACCAUCGCGUUCGGGCGCUACGAGCUGGACACGUGGUACCACUCGCCCUACCCCGAGGAGUACGCGCGCCUCGGGCGCCUCUACAUGUGCGAGUUCUGCCUCAAGUACAUGAAGAGCCAGACCAUCCUGCGCAGGCACAUGGCCAAGUGUGUCUGGAAGCACCCGCCGGGGGACGAGAUCUACCGCAAGGGCUCCAUCUCCGUGUUCGAGGUGGACGGCAAGAAGAACAAGAUCUACUGUCAGAACCUGUGUCUGCUGGCAAAGCUUUUCCUGGACCACAAAACCCUUUAUUAUGAUGUGGAACCCUUCCUCUUCUAUGUCAUGACGGAGGCUGACAACACCGGCUGCCACCUGAUCGGGUAUUUCUCCAAGGAGAAGAAUUCCUUCCUCAACUACAACGUGUCCUGCAUCCUGACCAUGCCCCAGUACAUGCGACAAGGCUACGGCAAAAUGCUCAUUGACUUCAGCUAUUUGCUGUCUAAAGUAGAAGAAAAAGUCGGCUCCCCUGAGCGUCCCCUGUCUGACCUGGGCCUGAUCAGCUACAGGAGCUACUGGAAGGAAGUUCUGCUGCGGUACCUGCACAACUUCCAGGGCAAGGAGAUCUCCAUCAAAGAGAUCAGCCAGGAGACCGCUGUGAACCCCGUGGACAUCGUCAGCACCCUGCAGGCCCUGCAGAUGCUCAAGUACUGGAAGGGCAAACACCUGGUCCUCAAGAGACAGGACCUGAUUGAUGAGUGGAUCGCCAAGGAGGCCAAGAGGUCCAACAGCAACAAGACCAUGGACCCCAGCUGCCUGAAGUGGACCCCUCCCAAGGGCACCUAAGUGUCCCCGCCAGUGUCCCCAGCAGAGAGGCGCCGCAGGGAUCCGCGCGGUGCCGUGGUGGUUGGCUGCUGCAGUGUCCCCAGGCCGGUCACCCCCGGGCUGGCCCUGUGUCCCCACAGUUCUGAGGAACUCGGAUGUUUCGGCCUCAGUGAGGCCGCGAGGACUGGAAGUGGCUGGGAGCCCCGGGAAGCUGAGGAGCUCUGGCUGCUGGGCCUGUCCCCGUCCCUCUGUCCUGCUCCGUCCCCCUGUCCCUCCUGCAGCUCCCCUGGCUGCUGGGGUCACCCCUGGCUCUUGGACAAUGCUGGAAAUGCUUCUCUGGGGCAGCCCUGCCUCCCCCAGCGCCGCGGUGGCAGCGGUGUCACUCCUGUCCCCUUCCGUGUCUGAAAUAGCUUUAGUGGGAUAUUCCCCCUGUCCCAGCAGCUUUCCCCAGGAUCCAGCAGAUCUUCACUUAGUUCCUGUUGUACGGCCAGAAUUGCACCUCCUGCACCACUGGGUGUUCCUGUCACCCCCUCCUGGAGCCACCACAGCCCUGCUGGAAGCACCUCUGGAUUAGAAUUCCCGUUUUUCCUGGUGUGUAUCUCGUGGAAUUGCUGAGUUCCUGUACAUAAACAGCCUGCUGAGUGUA